AUGGAGAGCAAUAGUACAACAAGUUCGGCGGUGGCUUCAGCCACCACGACAGGGACGAGCGCGGAACUUACGAUGCCGCCGCAGUUUAAAGUCGUUGGAAUCAUUCUGGCGGUGGUCUCCGGUUUACUUAUCGGUGCCAGUUUUGUGUUUAAAAAAAAAGGUCUGAUACAGAGCCAGCAAGGUCACGAAGCGGGCGAAGGCGUAGCCUACCUAAAAUCGGGCCUAUGGUGGACGGGCAUGAUAAUGAUGAUUUUGGGCGAAAUAUGUAAUUUUGCCGCCUACGCGUUCGUGGAAGCCAUCGUGGUCACCCCAUUAGGCGCGCUCUCCGUUGUCAUCUGCGCAAUCCUUUCUUCCUUUUUCCUCAACGAAAAACUAACAUUCUUUGGUUGGGUCGGGUGUUUCCUUUGCAUCGUCGGUUCAGUCAUCAUUGCGCUCAAUGGUCCCAAAGAAAAUACCAUCGGGCAAAUCAGAGAGUUUGAGAAGCUCUUUGUAUCAGUUGGGUUCUUGGUGUAUGGCGGAGUGAUCAUUGCCGCAUCCAUCGUCAUCAUUUUCUUCGUCGCGCCCAAAUAUGGGAAAAAGAACAUGAUUUGGUAUAUCCUUGUCUGCAGUUUGAUUGGUGGAUUGUCCUUUACUUAUUGGUUUAUCUAUUUCCUACUCAUUUUCGUAAUUAUCACACUCCUGACGGAGGUGUAUUAUCUAAACGUUGCCUUGGCGUUGUUCAACACUGCCAUGGUCACACCUACGUACUAUGUCAUAUUCACAUUCUGCACGCUGGUCACGUCCGUCAUUCUUUAUCGAGGUUUCGCUGCAACGCCAACAGCUAUAAUAACAGUGGUCAUGGGCUUCCUCGUUAUCUGCGCAGGAAUCACCAUCCUGCAAAUGUCCAAAGUGGACCCAACGACGCUCGCAGGGCUCGACCGCAAAACGACCAUCCUCCUGGCCGCCAACCGCCCGACAUCCGACGCCGAAAAGGGCGACGCGACAGGUAUCGAAGAGCCAGGCAUCGACGCCCUCCGCGGCAGCUUUGGCGCGAUUGGGAGUAUUGUCCGUGCGCGAAGUAUUGCCAGCUCUACCCGCGCGACGAUCCGGUCCAGACGCGCGACACACGGUCAUUCCGAGUCGAGGGACGAGACGGAGACGCUGCCUUCGCUUUCGGUAUCGUAUAUGAAGCGACACCAGUUGUUUGAUAAUCCUGUGCCUCCCUUGCCUGAAGAUGCGGCCGAGAGGAUAUCGAUGCACUCCAACGCGAAUCAUCCGAUACCCAAGAAGAGCACGACGAUCCAGUUUAGAGAAGGGGAUCUAGAGGGCCACGACCAUCAUCGCCAAGAGCCGGAUCUCCCGCUGGACGAUAUCAUCCAGCGAACGGCGAGUCCGAGACAGCAGCCGCUUUACGACGAUCCGUUUGCGUCCCAACAACAGCAAGGGUACAUGUCGCGUACUCAGCCCGGGUAUAACCCGUACUCGCUGCGCCAAGAUUCGCUUGCUUCUUUACCCGAACAUUCGUCGAGUUCUCCCGAUGGCGGUGAGACGCCUCCGAGGUCUGGCGGGAAACGACAUUAUCCACCGAAUAGAGAAAUGGAUCGAGAGGAGAGUAUGAGCCUCGUUGGAGCAGGACGAGAAAGAGACAGUCGCGAAUUUGGGUACGAUACGGAUCGACAGAGCACGAGCACGCUUGGACCACCCCAAGGACCGACGGGUGGGAUUCGGUUGGUCCCCAGUUUACCCAGGCGGUAA